GUCCCUGGAAUCUUCAAGGGACUUACUGCAUUACAUUAUCAAAAACAAGGCAUUUCUAUAUUACUAUGGAAAGAUUUCGUCCGGAGAAGAAGUUACCUGGUCCUGAUGAAGAAGCUAUUGUGGAUCUUGGCAAAACCAGCUCAACUGUGAACACCAAGUUUGAAAAAGAAGAACUAGAAAGUCAUCGAGCUGUAUAUAUUGGUGUUCAUGUCCCAUUUAGUAAAGAGAGUCGUCGGCGUCAUAGGCAUCGUGGGCACAAACAUCACCACCGGAGAAGAAAAGAUAAAGAAUCAGAUAAAGAAGAUGGACGAGAAUCUCCUUCUUAUGAUACACCAUCCCAGAGGGUUCAGUUUAUCCUUGGUACUGAAGAUGAUGAUGAAGAACAUAUUCCCCAUGAUCUCUUCACGGAAAUGGAUGAACUAUGUUAUAGAGAUGGAGAAGAAUAUGAGUGGAAAGAAACUGCCAGAUGGCUGAAAUUUGAAGAGGAUGUUGAAGAUGGCGGUGACCGAUGGAGUAAACCUUAUGUGGCAACUCUUUCUUUGCAUAGUCUUUUUGAGCUAAGGAGUUGCAUCCUAAAUGGAACAGUCAUGCUGGAUAUGAGAGCAAGCACUCUAGAUGAAAUAGCAGAUAUGGUAUUAGACAACAUGAUAGCCUCUGGCCAAUUAGAUGAAUCCAUACGAGAGAAUGUCAGAGAAGCUCUUCUGAAGAGACAUCAUCAUCAGAACGAAAAAAGAUUCACCAGUCGGAUUCCCCUUGUUCGAUCUUUUGCAGAUAUAGGCAAGAAACAUUCUGACCCUCACUUGCUUGAAAGGAAUGGGGAAGGCCUUUCAGCCUCCCGUCACUCUUUGCGAACAGGUCUAUCUGCCUCAAACCUUUCAUUGAGAGGAGAAUCGCCUUUAUCUCUUCUUCUCAGUCAUCUUCUUCCUUCUUCAAGAGCUGGAACCCCUGCAGGCUCGAGGUGUACAACCCCAGUACCCACCCCUCAAAACAGUCCUCCUUCCAGCCCUAGCACCAGUCGCCUGGCCUCCAGAAGUUCCCAACAGAGUCAGCUUCAGGCCCCAGAACUACUGGUUUCACCUGCCAGUGAUGAUAUUCCCACAGUAGUAAUUCAUCCGCCUGAGGAAGACUUAGAAGCACUGAAAGGCCAGGACCAGAAGAAUGAGGAAAAUGUUGACUUAAUUCCAGGUAUUUUGGCCUCUCCACAGUCUGCUCCUGGAAACUUGGACAAUAGUAAAAGUGGAGAAAUUAAAGGUAAUGGAAGUGGAGGAAGCAGAGAAAAUAGUACUGUUGACUUCAGCAAGGUUGACAUGAAUUUCAUGAGAAAAAUUCCCACGGGAGCUGAGGCAUCCAAUGUCCUGGUAGGAGAAGUAGACUUCUUGGAAAGACCUAUAAUUGCGUUUGUGAGAUUGGCUCCUGCUGUCCUCCUUACAGGGUUGACUGAGGUCCCUGUUCCAACCAGGUUUUUGUUUCUAUUAUUGGGUCCAGCAGGCAAGGCACCACAAUACCAUGAAAUUGGAAGAUCAAUAGCCACUCUGAUGACAGAUGAGAUAUUUCAUGAUGUAGCUUAUAAAGCAAAAGACAGAAAUGACCUCUUAUCUGGAAUUGAUGAAUUUUUAGAUCAAGUAACUGUCCUACCUCCAGGAGAGUGGGAUCCUUCUAUACGCAUAGAGCCACCAAAAAGUGUUCCUUCCCAGGAAAAGAGAAAGAUUCCUGUGUUUCACAAUGGAUCUGCCCCCACGUCAGGCGAGACUCCUAAAGAGGCCGCUCAUCAUGCUGGGCCUGAGCUACAGAGGACUGGACGGCUUUUUGGUGGUUUGAUACUUGACAUCAAAAGGAAAGCACCUUUUUUCUUGAGUGACUUCAAGGAUGCAUUAAGCCUGCAGUGCCUGGCCUCGAUUCUUUUCCUAUACUGUGCCUGUAUGUCUCCUGUAAUCACUUUUGGAGGGCUGCUUGGAGAAGCUACAGAAGGCAGAAUAAGUGCAAUAGAGUCUCUUUUUGGAGCAUCAUUAACUGGGAUUGCCUAUUCAUUGUUUGCUGGGCAACCUCUAACAAUAUUGGGGAGCACAGGUCCAGUUCUAGUGUUUGAAAAAAUUUUAUUUAAAUUCUGCAGAGAUUAUCACCUUUCCUAUCUGUCUUUAAGAACCAGUAUUGGUCUAUGGACUUCUUUUUUGUGCAUUGUUUUGGUUGCCACAGAUGCAAGCAGCCUUGUGUGUUAUAUUACUCGAUUUACAGAGGAGGCUUUUGCGGCUCUCAUUUGUAUCAUAUUCAUCUACGAGGCUUUGGAGAAACUCUUUCAUUUAGGAGAAAUAUAUGCAUUUAAUAUGCACAACAACUUAGAUGAACUGACCAGCUACUCAUGUGUGUGUACCGAACCUCCUAACCCUAGCAAUGAAACUCUAGAGCUGUGGAAUAAAGAGAAUAUAACAGCACACAAUAUUUCCUGGGGUAAUCUCACUGUUUCUGAAUGUAAAACAUAUCAUGGUGUAUUUAUAGGAUCAGCUUGUGGUCUUCAUGGCCCUUAUAUUCCAGAUGUGCUCUUUUGGUGUGUCAUCUUAUUUUUCACAACAUUUUUUCUGUCUUCAUUCCUCAAGCAAUUUAAGACCAAGCGUUAUUUUCCUACCAAGGUGCGAUCAACAAUCAGUGAUUUUGCCGUAUUUCUCACCAUAGUGAUAAUGGUUUCAAUUGACUACCUUGUAGGAGUUCCAUCUCCUAAACUUCAUGUUCCUGAAAAAUUUGAGCCUACUGAUCCAAACAGGGGCUGGAUCAUAAGCCCAUUGGGAGAUAAUCCUUGGUGGACCUUAUUAAUAGCUGCUAUUCCUGCUCUGCUUUGUACCAUUCUCAUCUUUAUGGAUCAACAGAUUACAGCUGUAAUCAUAAACAGAAAGGAGCACAAAUUGAAGAAAGGAGCUGGCUAUCACCUCGAUUUGCUCAUGGUUGGUGUCAUGUUGGGAGUUUGCUCUGUCAUGGGACUUCCGUGGUUUGUGGCUGCAACAGUGUUGUCAAUAAGUCAUGUCAACAGCUUAAAAGUUGAAUCUGAAUGUUCUGCUCCAGGGGAACAACCCAAGUUUUUGGGAAUUCGUGAACAGCGGGUUACAGGGCUAAUGAUUUUUAUUCUAAUGGGCCUCUCUGUGUUCAUGACUUCAGUACUAAAGUUUAUUCCAAUGCCUGUUCUGUAUGGUGUUUUCCUUUAUAUGGGAGUUUCCUCAUUAAAAGGAAUCCAGUUUUUUGACCGUAUUAAAUUAUUUGGAAUGCCUGCUAAGCAUCAGCCUGAUUUGAUAUACCUCCGUUACGUGCCUCUCUGGAAGGUCCAUAUUUUUACAGUCAUUCAGCUUACUUGUCUGGUUCUUUUGUGGGUGAUAAAAGCUUCAGCUGCUGCAGUAAUUUUUCCCAUGAUGGUUCUUGCAUUGGUUUUUGUACGCAAGGUCAUGGACUUGUGUUUCACAAAGAGAGAACUUAGUUGGCUUGAUGACCUCAUGCCAGAAAGUAAGAAAAAGAAAGAAGAUGACAAAAAGAAAAAAGAGAAAGAGGAAGCUGAACGGAUGCUUCAAGAUGAUGAUGAUACUGUGCACCUUCCAUUUGAAGGAGGAAGUCUCUUGCAAAUUCCAGUCAAGGCCCUAAAGUAUAGCCCUGAAAAACCUGUGAGUGUGAAAAUAAAUAUUGAAGAUGAACCAAGAAAGAAAUACCUGGAUGCUGAAACUUCAUUAUAGAAUCGAACCAAGAGAAAUUAUAUAUAGAGAGAUAUAUAGAUAUAUACAUAUAUAAUGUGUGUGUAUCAUGUCACUAUAUAACAAUAUUGUAUGCCACGCUAUUUAUGCGUGACUACUGUUUUUUUUUAAGUAGUGUCUGAAGUUUGUUAUGAGCACCAUGGAGACUUUGUAUAUAGUGAAAUGGUCUCUUUGAAGUGAGGUACAUGAUUCUUACUAUUCAAAUAUUUAUUCUGUUGGAAAAUUUUUUUUCUAUUGUACAAUAGAGAAAUGUGGAGAAAUGCUUUCAGUCUACUUUUCUUAAAUCACUUUGUUCAUCUGUUGCAAUUCAUAUCAACCUUAAGUGAUACAUACUUUUAUAUAUUUAUAGUUUUUACAUGAGUUUCUAAAGAUUUUUACAUAUUAUUUCACUUUUGUUAGUGCUUUAUGGGAAGAACGGGAGUCUUUAUGCCAGUGCUAUGGGAAAAAUGGUAACAUGUCAUGCUUUUCUCUGUGUGUGUUUCAUUUCUGUAGAUGUCUAUUAUGUUUCAAAAAUGAUGGCAUGUUUUUGGCCAUAGAGGUGAAUGUAGAACAAUGGAAACUUUCUAAAUAAGAACUAUAGUUUUUAACCUUUAUGUUUUAGAAAAUUUUUUAAAAUUUUAAAGCUCAUAUCUAUAUUUCCAUUGUGAUAAGUAAAAUUGCAGGUGGUUUUAUAAUUGAGUACCCAUACCAGUCAUAACUUAAUGAAUUUUAAAAGCUGUAAAAUGCCAAUUUGCAAUAGUUAACUUUUGUUGCCUUUGUAGAAUUUUUUUUUCUGAAUCCUUACACUCUUUUAGAGCCCAUAAUUCCCAUUGUGUUUUCUGCCUUUGUUCUCUUUGUCUUACUGGUUUAGUUUGUAUCAGGCUCAAGUUCUUGAUUAUUUUUCUAUUAUAAGUAGUAUGAUUCAAUAAUCAGGAGUCAGAAUUCUCUCGUGUGGGUUUAUGAUCAGUAUUACUUUAUUAAGAAUCACUUGCAUUUUCUGUUGUUAUUUUAUUGUGUAGAUUGUAUUUAAUAGAUUGUUACCUGUGAUUUUAUUUUAAAAUAUUUUAUUUAUUGUAAUUGAUAUGCUCAAAUAUUCUAUAAACAUUUGAAAAGGUAACAGAGUAAAUUGUUAAUGUAAAUAGUUGGUGCUCACUUGCAUUUAUGUUCAUUAUCUGAAGCAGUUAAGAUUUUAGAUCGUUGAUAUAAAGCACUGCCAUGUUUGUAUUUUAAAAUGAAAUUAGACAUUUUAUGUUUAGCUCAGAUUGAUGGCAUUCUUCCUGUUUGGUGUUAAUAUUUGUUAGUUUUUGCUUUUCUGAGCUGUAUUUUUAACUUCUAGCAAAUCUUUUUAGUCAUCUUUUACUCUUGGCUCCACAUAAAAUAAAUAAAUGUUCUUGUUAAGCCUGUAGGACUGGAUGAAUGGGGUUAUGAAACUGAUUUGGAAAGAAAAUAAUUUACAGAAACCUAAUUUAGAAUAUUGAGAAGCCACAGAAAUAUCAAAAAUUGUAACAUGAAUAUUAGGGUGAAAAUUUUAAUGAAAUUCCAAUGCUCUCUCUAACCAUUUAUAAUUAAACACAAUAAUAUAAAGAACUGAUCUUUUAGAGGAUCAUGAGGAAUGCCAAAAGCUGAUAUUUUAGCAAUUCUGGUGUUUUUAAUUCAUUCUAAACUACAUAUUAACUAACAUAAUUUCCUCAUCUGAGACCAUAUCAUGAGAUUCUAAUUAAAAUGGUGGGAUUCAACUUUUGCCUCAGAUAAGAGGUUGGAAAUGUAGCUGCUUUUCUUUAGAAAAUAUAGCUGACAUCAUUUGGUACUGCCUAAAAAAGAGUUAGACUCUGUUGGCAAUUGAUAGAGUGUUACCCAUGGUGCUUAUGAUUGUUUAUGAGCUUCCAUUGAAGUGAUUCUUUUUUAUUCAUAGCAGCAUAAUCAUUUCCAAAGACCCCAGUAUUUGCUGCUAGUUUUUAAACUCCCCUGAUGUACCUGAACAAGAGGAUUUCCUCACAUCAUUUCCUUGUGUCUGGACAUCAAAGGGUUAAUAACUGUACUUAUUUUACAGAAAAUGGUUUUAAAAUUUAAACUGAAAACUACCUGGGAUCAUAGUGUCUCUGUUAUUUUAUUUAAUUAUGUAUAAUAAUUAUCCAGUGCCAGAAAAACCAUAACUUGCAAAAUACUUUGCUCUCAAAAUGUUUUUACCAUGCUUCUAAUUGUUAAUGGUUUCUGCUUUCUUUUGAUUACUUGACUUACAAAAUGAUCUGAUAUGACUACUCCAUUGAAGAGCAAAGGUAACUCAUGUUUAAGUCAUUAACUGCUUGUUUUAAGUGGUUAUCAUAUUUCUUCCACUAUUUUUGAAAAAUAACAAUCAUGAAUAGCAUUCAUUUGCAAGACAGUGAAAGAUACAAUUUACUGCACAUGUUGAUUUUUAAAUGUUGCCUUAAAUAGGUGUAUAUAAGCAGUAGUAAUUGCUAUGUACUGAUUUACCUCAAGGUGCAAAAUAAUUAAAACUGUACAUAUUCCAUUUACAAAAUAAAUUCAAAUAAACAGUCCUGCACUUUCUUAGAUGCCUUGAUUUCCAGAAUGGAGCUUAGUGCUACUGAAUACCCUGGCCACAGAGCCACCUCAGGAUAUUCUUUUUUCCAUCCUAUUUUAUUUAUUUAUAGAUGCCUGUUUACAAAGACUGUAGUAAAUCCUGAUGCUGACCAUCUGAAAUUUAGUUUCUUCUGAAUGCUGUUUCAAUCUAAAAUAGCAGCUUUUGAGAAAAUAAUGAACUGACUUCCUUAUGAUAAAAGGAUGAUGAUUCUAUAUAUUCUUUAAUAAUAUUAGAUAUGCCGAAGUGAAGCACAUCAUCUUUCUGAAGAGUGUGUGUGUGUGUGCAUGUGUUUAUGUAUGCGUGUGAGAGUGUUAGCAAUCUAAAUCUCUUGUUUAAGAAAGCUUUGGUGUACCAGUGUUCAUGUUUGCCAAGUGUUCUGUAAAAAUGUGUAGGACAAAAUUUUUAUGUGCUGAUGCAUUUAUAAUAUUUAUAAUGCAGAUUUGUUUACCACUUAAAAUUAUAACUUUUGUUUUUCUGUAUCCAAAAAAGCAUUUCUGUUUCUUCCAUAUACUCAAAAUUUCUGUGUGAGUAUAAUAGCUUUCUAACUUUUACCUUUCACAAAGGCAGGUUCAAAAUCCUAUAAAAAGACAAAUGUCCGCUGAAACUGAGGUAUAACACCAGAGCUUGCUUUGUUUAAAGGAUUAUAUCAUGUACAUCAGUUCUGUAAAUGUGCUCAACAGUUUAACAUGUGAAUACUGUUUUAAAGUGCUCAGAUUUCAGAUGUGUAAGCCAUUGAUACAACAUUGUAAUUCAAACGUUUAUUUUAAAUAACUUAAUGUUUUAAAUUUAUUUAUGUAGAUCACAUCAUUGUUAUCAUAUGCAGUGAAAAUAUGUGAAAUGUCUUUUGGUUUAUUCCAACAAUUAUUUAUUUUUUAGGGAGUAAAUUUAAAGACUUCAAGGAUAUUCAAAGUUUAAAAUAGUGUUCAAAUUGCAAUAUUUGGUGAUUUUAAUGUAAAGUCUUUUUCCUAACUUUUCAAAAAGUAAAAUGUCAAUUUUAGGAAAACAUAGUUGGAAAUGGAAUCAUCUAAAGAUCAUUUUUAAAAUUAAAUUAAUUAGCACAUAUUGACUUCAACAUUUGACUUAAAAUAAUUGUUAAACCCCAGUUUUGUUUUGUUUUUUUAAUCUGAUUUUUUUUGCACAUUGAUUGCUUUUUUUGUUGUGACUUUUGUUGCUUUAUUAUUCAAGGUUUUUUUUUUUUUUUCCUGGGGGGAGGUUGUCUUCUAAUGUUUACUAUGUUUAAAUAAGCAAAAAUUGAAUUUUAUUGUUCAUUUAUAUAAUAUUUGAUACCUUGGUAUAAUUUCACAGUACAAUUCCAAUUUUUAUGACUUUUAUAAUUACACUGAUUUUUUUUGUAAUAAAAUCCAAAGUAAAUUAAACAUUUAAAUUGUAGAACUGUUAUUUUUCAUUUAUAUGAAGUACAAGUCUCUACUGAGUCUGUAAUGUGAAUGACCCUGCCUUUCAAAUUUGUUUCAUAAUUGUUAGAGGAAAACUAUUUUUUUGGAGAUGUUAUUAAAGUUAAUUGAGCAAUAAAAGUCUACUUAAUU